AUGGCGACUCACCUGCAGCCUUCGUUCGCCGCCUCCCAUGUUUCAUCUGCCGUCCCAUUGCAUACGUCCCCUCCGCAAGUUUGCGCAUUUCCCCUCACAUUCCCGCGCAUUCCCCCCGCAAGUGCCGUGCGCAUCCCUUCCCCAUGCGCCCUCUCCCGCGUCCUCUUCCGCGGGGCACCCUCCCCCACCCGGAUUCGCUCACCGCCGAAGCGGGCAGCGGCGGCGCGUGCGGCGGCGAAAGGCGAGCCGCCGGCGAGCGGCGGCGAUCCCGCGUUGGCAGCAGCGGCGUGGAAGGCACUGGUAGCGGUGCGCAGGAGCCGCCCUCUAGUUCACUGCAUCACCAACUUCGUAUCCAUGGAUGCUGCUGCCAACACCCUCCUCGCCGCUGGCGCCGCGCCGGCCAUGGUGCAUUCCUUAGAAGAGGUGCGCUGGACUUCCCCCUCCCCCUUUCCCCCUUCCCCCUUCCCCCUUCCUCCUCCCCCUUUCGCUCUUCCCCCUCGAGCCCCGCAAAGAAUUCUCAAAGGUCACACCCGCACCACAACUCACCCUGUCCUUUCCUCCCUCAAACCCCCACCACCUCUCCCCACCACCCCUCUCCUCACCCCUCCCCACCACCCCUCCCCUCACACCUCCCCACCAUCCCUCCCCUCUCCAUUCCCCCUUCCUCCCUUCUCUUUCUCCCCCAUUCUAUCCUCAAGCCGCCAGGUGGAGGAAUUUGCCAGCCUGGCAUCGGCGCUCUAUGUCAACAUCGGCACUCUGAGCCCUGAUUGGGUGGACUCCAUGAAACGGGCAGCCAAAGUUAUUUCUGCCCGGAAUCGGCCGUGGGUCCUGGACCCUGUGGGUUGCGGUGCCACGUCGUACCGAACCAAGACCUCAGCAGAGCUCCUUGCACUGCAACCAACGGUGACCUCAGCGGAGCUCCUGGCACUGCGACCAACGGUGGUGAGAGGGAACGCGUCUGAAGUGCUAGCUCUGGCAGGCGCCGUCAGCGCAAACACCCGGGCACCAUCAGCGCGAACACCCGGGGCAUUCCAGCCAUCUCUGCUUCAAGCCAUCACCGCCACUGGCUGCAGCGUCACUGCUCUCAUCGCUGCUUUCCUUGCUGCUUCUGCUGCUGCUGCUGCUGCUGCUGCUGCUGCUGCUGCUGCUGCGGAUGCGGCUGCUGAUGUCUCACUGCCUCUACUCGCAUCGGCCUGUGCUCUCGAUGUUUACGGGUAA